CUUCCACUUUCCUACCUAGUACAGCGACAAUGAUGAAUCCGGUGGGAUUCAGAUUCCGUCCGACCGACGAGGAGAUCGUCGACCAUUACCUCCGGCCUAAAAAUCUGGAAACUAACACGAGCCGUGUCGAUGAAGUCAUCAGCACAGUUGAUAUCUGUAGCGUCGAUCCUUGGGAUUUACCUUCCAAGUCUAGGAUCAAGUCGAGAGAUGGGGUUUGGUAUUUCUUUGGUGUCAAGGAAAUCAAGUAUAACAGAGGUGAUCAACUGAGGAGAACAACAAAAUCAGGGGUUUGGAAGAAAACUGGAAAGACCAUGUCUAUCAUCCGCAAAAGAAGAGGCAAUAAUGAAAAGAUCGGUGAGAAAAGGGUUUUGGUGUUUAAGCAUCGUGGUGGUUCCAAGUCCGAUUGGGUUAUGCACGAGUACCACGCUACGCCCUUGUCUCCUCCUAAUCAGAUGAUGAAAUAUACACUCUGUAAAGUUGAGUUUAAGGGUGAAGAGAGUGAGAUAUCGUCUUCCUCUACUGGUAGUGAAAUUGAGAAUAAUCACUCUUUAAUCCCUCUUAUGAACUAUUCUGGAGAACUGAGUCCAAGAUCUGAGGGAUCGUCGUACUGCCAAGGAGUACAGAAUCCAAGUCAGCUUAGUAGUGGCUUUCUUGGAGUGCAGCCAGAAACUCAGCUGGAAGAUGCAGUGCGCAGGGCUAUCAACAGUAUAUCGACUGAUGAUUGGAAUAGUUUGUUCAAUGAUGAUGAUGAACAGAGUAAGAUCGUUUCUGUGCAAGAGGACUGUAGCGAUUACAGACCUCCAAAGCCAUUGACUGGUGUCUUUGAUGAUCAUAGCAGUGAUGAUAAUGAUACUGAUUCUGAUUCGAUUUCUGCAACAACAAACUCUAUUGAAACUUCUAGCACUUGUGAUAGUUUUGGUAGCUUAAAUCAUCGCAUAGACCAGAGCAAAACUCAACAAUCUCCUGACUCAACAAUCAAGUUAGUGUCAUCAGCUCAAGAGGUGAGCCAAGCUAUGGGUCAAGGGACUGUGACUCGAGAGAAUAAUAUGGGUGAAGAUAGGAUCAAGAAGAAAAGAGCUAGCUUGAUUCACAGGAUGAUACAAAGAUUAGUCAAGAAAUUUCACCAAUUUUCACAUGAAAACAAUAAACGAGACCAAAGAACACACCGUUUUGUACUUUCGAAAUUUGUAGAAGCAUAAGCUAUGUCUAUCUCUGGUUUUCUCUGGCUUUAUAACUUUUUCAUAUCGUGUGAUUGUGCUUCGUAUGUACGUACUCUCUCUAUAGCAAAAGGGUGGAUUUGUGCUAAGAAGUGGUUAGGGGAAGAUAAAUUUGUUUUAAGUAACGAAAUUUUAUGUCUAUCUUGUUCUGUAAUUGAAACUACUGUAAAUGUGGACCAAUAUGUAUAUUUAAUAU